GUCAACUGUCAAUUCAAAUCUUAUGGGACUUAAAACAUUGUUCCUGUUUUUUCGGAUUUUUUAUUUAACUUGAAACCUUAGAUAAAACAGUAAAAAUGGUGGAAGCACAAAAGUAUAGAAUCGAACAGGAAAUGACUAAAUUGAUCAAUGAAUUGGAUAAAACUUAUUUGAGAAAAAUGCAGGGUGACAUGCAUAGAUGUGCAGCAAAAUGUUGCGAUGAUCCACAAACGUCAUUAGAAAGAGUACAUGGUUGCAUAGAUAAUUGUACAACUGCAUUAAAUCAGGCUAAUGAAUAUGUACAGGGUGAAAUCAAUCACUUCCAAAACAGAUUGCAGAGAUGCGUAAUGGACUGUAAUGAUGCAGCAAGGGACAAUCUAGGAGCCAAUCCGAGCCAGGAAACGGUUGAUAAAUGUACAAUUAAUUUCGAGAAGUGUGCAGUUAGAUGUGUAGAUAAACACAUGGACUUGUUACCGAGCAUGAUGAAGACAAUGAAAUCAGUGUUAGCAAGCGGCAAACCACCUCCAGCGCAGAAUAUCUAGGAUACAAGUUCCACCAUUGCAUACUAUGUGUAAUGAGGUGGAGGUUUUAACCGCAUUUAGUUUGGACAGAACUGUACAGUGCAGUUUGUGUAUUUAAGACAUUGUUUUAGUUUAUAGGUUGGAUGUUCACAUAUUUUUAUAUUAAAUCGAUAUUGAUGUUUGA